GCAUUGUUUACUUGACCUUUGAUUGUGGCACUGAUAGUCUGAACAUGUUACAAAGCAUAGGCUGUCAAGAAAGGUUGAGCAGGGAGCACGAAGAUCACUGUGCUUCAGCAGGCACUUCCGAUAAGCAAGAGCAGGAAACUGCUAUGCUUCAGAGCAGGAAUGCAGAAAACACAAGAUAUGCUGCCCAAGUGCUUCAGGAAAAAUAUGAAGAAGCCACUACUGCGCUUGCUGAAAUGGAGAAGAGAGCAGUUAUGGCAGAAUCGAUGCUUGAGGCCACCUUGCAGUAUCAGUCUGGCCAAGUUAAAGUCCAGGCAUCACCACGGUCUUCGCAACCUGGCUCCCCAGCAUCACGAAAUAAUCAAGAACCGAUGCCAGAUGUGCCUGCUAGGAGGAUAGGUUUGCUUUCUCGUCCAUUUGGUCUUGGAUGGCGUGAUCGAAACAAGGGGAAACCGACUAACGCAGAAGAGCCAGCGAAACCGACUAAUGCAGAAGAGCCAGCGAAACCGAUUAAUGCAGAAGAGCCAGCAAAACUGACUGAUGCAGAAGAGCUGGCUGAAGGAAAAGCGGCGGAUGAGGGACAAAGUACAAGUACUCACCAAGAGACUAAUGGCCAUAAAACAUCCUUCCCAUGAAAGUUUAAUGAGGAAGUAGUAUUUUGUUUGCAAUUUUUGUUUAGAGCGAACAUGUAAUUCAUUCAUUGUUUGUUCACUAAGAUGCCAUAGAAUAAUAGUGUAUUUGUAAAAGGAAGAAACAGGCUGAGCUCG